UUUUAAUAUACUCUACGUACUUACCAAGUUCAUACAUGAUUAAAAAGGAGAAAAAAAUUCCAGGAGUUCUAGAAGCACACGCUUGGAAUGGUGGGCCCUUCAGUCUCUUUUCCAUCAAGGAAAGUGUACUUUGACAACUAGAUAUAUAAAAUCCCAUCCCAGUAGAGGAGAGAACAAAGUCACAAGCAAACAAUUCUCUCUCUUCAUAUUCAACAAACAAUUCUCUCUCUUCAUAUUCAACCAUAGUAAAACAAACAUGCAAGAAGAAUAUUUAUGCCCCAGCUUUAACAGUUUUGGAUAUUUAUCAGAAAUAGCCGCUAAAGCCUCUGAUGAAUUUCAGGCGGAGGAGAACGAUAGCUUAGACGGCGAGGACGAUUUUGAAUUCUCUUUGGUCUCUGAAAAUCCGGAUACCUCAACCGUGGAAUUCAUCUAUGAUGGUCAAACUAAAUUUCAGCCAAUUUUCCAUGUUUUCAACCGUGAUCUAUUGCUAAACGAUGAAUUGGAUUAUAAGAAAGUGAACGACGAGGCAUCGGAGAAUGUGGAUAGUUCAAUUAGCAUUCCGUUGGAGAAUUUAUUUAUAGACACACGGAAAUCGACGACUUCGUCAACGUCAUCGGAAGCGGAUGAAUUAGAGACGAUACCUCCCGGUACGUAUUGUGUAUGGAAGCCGAAGAUAAGCGAGUCAUCACCGGAAAAAUGUAAGAAGAGUAAAUCAACAGGAUCAGUGUCAAAGCGGUGGCCGAGGAUUCAAGAUUUGUUACGGCGGUGUAAUAGCGACGGAAAGGACAGUAUUAUAUUUCUCACACCGAAAAAGGCAAUUGAAAACGAAACAGGAAGAUCAAAAAAUUCCAAUGCGGUCGCGAAGCUAGCUGGAAACUCGAAGCAGAAGAAAGGAAGUGCCAUCGGAGGAGAGAAAGAGUUACCAGCGGCACUGUAUUACGUACAAAAUAGAGCGGGUAAAGAAGUUGCUAAGAAUAGGAGAAAAUCAUAUUUACCCUACAGGAAAGAACUCAUAGGAUUUUUCGCGAUUGGAUUGAGUAGAAGUAGUCUUCGUGAUUAGCCUUAUAUUGGGGUCUCUAUCUGUUUUGCUUUUGACUACAUAGCUUAAAUUCUAGUGAUACUAUUUUGAAAGUUUGUGCAACAUAGUUUGUGAGAAUUUAGUAGUUUGUCAACUGAUAUAGUAGCAUUAUGGAAUGACUGUGGCAGCCUUGCCUUGCUGCAUUUGUUAGUUUGCUAGUAGUAAUUAAUCAAUUCCAUUAUGCACUUCAUUU